CAUCUAUCUUGAAUAGUAAUUCAAGAGGAAAACACAGUUCUUUUGAAGUUGAAAAGAUCCCUAUUUGCUAGAAAAGCGAUAUAGAUAAUAUAUGGAUUUUCAAAACGUGAAUCCCCUCAACAUUCUGUUGAACGCCGUCUCAGGCAAUCUGUUACCGAUGACUACUGACAAUUCAUCUUUCUCUAUAGUAUGGAAAAUGUACAGCGCUUUAGUGUGGUUGCUCGAAAUAACUCAAAUGUGCGUUCUAAUUCCUGGUUGCUUUAUUCUGCCGAAAGAGAAAACUCUAAAAGAUGGCUUGAUUGGUAUUGCGGUUACCAUGGAAGUGGUCUACACAGUCAUGCGAAUUCAUACCCGUAAGGCACUAGUGCAACGAUUGAUUCAGAAACUGAACAACAUCAUGCGCGUGAAGGAUGAGCUGAUGAGGAGUACGGUGAUGGAGACGCUGAAACCGAUAGAAAUUCCUCUCACAUUUUAUUGGAUGGCAGGUUUGGUGUCCAUAAUCAUGUGGACCACCGCGCCGUUUACAUUGGUUUUUCAAAAAAAUUCUUUCGUUUAUAUGGAUUACAAAAUGCCAGUCGUAUUUUCCAAAGAGCCAUUCUCGACUAGCAUUUUUGUAUUCGGAAGUCUCGUUGUAAUGCUCAGCAGUAUGUACAUCUUUACGAAGAAAGUCAGUGUGGACAGCUACAUAAUAAAUAUGAUAUUGUUGAUCACGGCACAAUAUAAAUAUAUCGCUUUGAAACUCUCAAUGAUAUUCCAAGACGUAAGAUUGCAAAGUAAUUGCAACAGUUCUAAUGAAAAAAAGGAUUAUCCUGAGACAAAUUUUUGCGCGAAAGAAAAGAUCAAAUUUAUAUGCCAGCAUUAUAAUGCUGUUUUUCACGUUACGUUAAUGUUAAGAGAACUGUUAGCCGUAAGCAUCAGUAUAAUAUAUUUAAACAGCGUUUUUCGAUUUUGCUGCAUCGCUAUUAUGGUGAUCUCAAUACCAUCAAGCGAUUCAAUUGAACGAGCCGUAUUUAUCAUGUACGCUUCCGGUGGAGUAGUACAACUCUAUAUAUUGUGUUCUUGUGUGCAACAAUUAUUAGAUGCGAGCAAUGAAAUAACGGAUCAAGCAUUUCAUGAGCCAUGGUAUCGAUUUGAAGGAUCUAUAAAACGAACAUUUAUGUUUCUGAUAAUGGCUAAUAAUUUAGAACUUAAACUCUCAAUGUUUAAAAGAUAUAAUAUAUCUCUGGCUUCAUUCAUGACAAUCUUAAAUCAAUCAUAUUCAAUCGCACUUAUAUUAUUAAGAACUAAUUGAAAA